CUUCAUAGGUGCUGCUCGUUAACAGCACUUGCCCCAACACUCCAGGCUAUACGGGGGUCUUUGUAGUGGGAACCACUUGGACGUUGCGGCUGUGCUGCCAUGCUGUGACUGACCCAUCGUCAUUAAUCGGCUCAGCGGCUUGACUUCUUAUCUCGUCACAAAAGGUCCCUCACGCAGAUGACAAAUUUACACCACUGUCCUCAUCGUUCUGGAUUUACAAGCAAUCAUACACAUGAAUAUUGAUUGCAUGGGGAGUAGUGGUGGGAGGGGGGGGGGGGCUUGAUUUGUGCAAACAUUUUAACUGGUAAGCCAUGAAUUUGUAAUUGUUUAAAUAAAUCUGGGUGACACUUAAUUGAGAGAGAUUGGCCCAAAUAAAUUGUUGUUCGCAACAUGGCAACUGGUGACAUUUGGCACAUUGAUCAUUCAUCUGUUCUGCAUAAGCUGAAAGCCGAGACCUUUUGUUUGUGGGGGCUCUUUUUGGUAGUGCUUUCUGAAUAAGGGGCAUUCGGGUUUAAAUUAUUUUGCAUAAUUCCUGGAUGGGAAUUUAAAAUGUGUGCACUGCCAAAAUGCACAAGUAUUCCUGCAUGCAGCGCAUGUAGUCAUGCAAACAACACAUUAUGAUCACCCUGGCUGGUCUCGUCACGAUUCGAACUGCACAGCAGAGGCCCACCGGAAUUAUUUUACGGGAAUAAUCAUCCAUGGAGGAACUUGUUUCACAAUUAAACGUAACCUAGCAGGUGAAAUUGUCAUCUGAUUAGGCCGUGUAUAACUUAGCCUAGCGCUUUGUCUUUGUCAGUCUUGCAAGGGUGCUGAAAGUUGUCAAAAGGGAUGUGGUAAAGCUUGAGUCUUAGGGUGAUGUCAUUCUAUUUUGAAAUGCGACUGUGGUGAGGGAGAGUGGAUUAUCGUCACAGCUCCUGGCUUUGUGACUACAGUGCUUGGAAGUCUGCCACUGCACUUAACUCCUUGGAUACAUUUUAUACCAGCAUGAAACCAACUGAUGUUUACUGCGAUAUUGGAUUCAAAAAUGUCUUCAUCGUAUUGUGAAAAUCUAUUGGUUUGCCCGACUGGGCUGUACGUUUUGCACUUUGGUAGAAAUAUUUGUGCCACGAAUGUGAUGAUUAUUGCUGCUGUAUAAUAUCUUGGACAACACUGUAAACGAUAUUUUACAUAUCGCAAACCCCGACAAAGGACUUAAAAUGCUAUUGAUACCCAGAAUUGCUUCAAAAGUAGCGUUUGAGAAGAAAUAUGUAAACAUAGAUUUACCGUAAUAUACUGUAUGUAUUCUAUAACUUGAUGGAAUACUUGCUCAAUGCUCAUAGAAUUACACCAUUGAUUUAUUAUAUGGCUAAGUCUUGUACAUACUAAUAUUCAUAACACAGUACUGUAUUCUAUUGUAUUGUCAUUCCGGAAUAAUAACAUAGCAAAAACAAAGCCUAAUCAUGGCGUAAGACCCAUAUGCACAAUACUGUACUGUGAGCUUAUGUCCCGCUCUGAGAAGUUAGGCCCAUUCCUUUUUGAAAAGUUUUGCGUUUGAGGGAAACAAUUGCCUGAAUAAAAGUGACAUAUAUACGAGGGUAUAACAUUCAAAAUCCUAACCGGGAGGUCUGAAAUCAAAUUGCUGUACUGCUUCCUACAUAACAUUUUGUUUCCCUUACAGGCAUUUGUCUCACCCAGGCUCCAUCUCUGUGUGAUCCACCAGCUCCACUUUUGCUUGAAUUGCGGGCAUGACCCUGCCAUCACGCCGAGUCAAAUUCGCGCUGUUGAAUUCUGGCAAUUAAACGGAGUGAACAUGCACAUUUUCUUUCGGGCAUUCCUAAUAUCCUCCCUCCACUUUCAUUUUCCUCAAAGAGGCCUAGAGCUUGUGAAUUGAAGUGAAAGGGAGAAUUAAAGGCGUGGAAAUGUGCCACGUUGGCAUUUUUAACACGCGAAGUUGGAACAGUCCCAAGGACAUGAUGGCAUUUAGAAAUUACAUUCCUCCAAAAUGUAAUCAGCUUUUCUUUCCUAUUGCAUAGAGUGCUAUGCUUUAGGUUUUAUUUUUCGAUAUAGGGCAGAAUGUUAAUUAUGUCCUGCCCAAUGUAAUGUAGACAAGUUAUUGAAAUGCAUAUGCAUUCCCUUACUGCAUAUAUAACAAAACAUGGGUUAAUUAUUUCACAGUGCGUACAGCAAACUCCACUUAGAGAAAUGCGUCUCCUGCAAAAUAAAAAACAACGCGAAUAUGGAGCCAUGGGCAGUGUGUUCAGUAUGGCAUAUUCAGUCCGUAACCUAACACACUAAUACUUACAUACAGUUGUUCACAUACAUUAAAGAAUACAGCUUAAUUAUGCCUUUAUGCUGGUUCGCAUGGAUCCAUUUAGCUACAUGCCGAUAUCACCCAUUUGUUCUUAUUAUCUGGUAUUAAUUUUUUUUAUUAACGUCCACUGUAAAAAAAUAACACGACAGUCGAACAGAAUAUCAAGCUUUGAGGCUUGAUGUAAAAUCUUAGGAUGAAGAUGAAUGAUGUGGAACCAUGACACCUCCACUUAGCACGGUUGGCUACGUACGGCGCGAUAGAAGUUCAACGUACUGUACAUGACACGACGUGCAGGAAAGAUGGUGCAGAAUUGGCAGACUUUAACAAAUUUGCUCUGGACAUAUUCUGCGGAUUCUGCAGAAUGACCAGGUUUGUUUGGACGCGUCCUCGGGGAUACCAACCGAGGAGAUGGAACAAUUGAAUUGAGCUCACGCGCAUGUGCUGGGUGGAUUGUUUACCCCGCGGGAUCGUGGGAGCUGGCGGCAUAUUGGGGGAGGCCUUCAUUCAGCAGGUGAUUGACCAUGGCUGAUGAUGAUGUCACAUUUGUGACUAUUCAGGCACUACGUGACAUCUUGCGGGAAAACGGGAGCUGAAGGCACCUUAUGCUUGUCAACUUUCUUUUCAGCGCUUAUUGCGUUUGUUGAGGAAGACUUGUUUAUAUACUGUGUAUAUAUUUUUUAGGAAAGUUUGUUCAAUUCAUCCGUAAAAUGUACAGUAAAUAUUGUUUUACAUUUUUCAAUGUUCAAAUCAUAAUUGAUGGCUUUCUAUUACAAUUUCUAGGCCAAUGUUAGGUGGGCGUAUUGACGCAGAGGUUAGCACAUUGUGCUGUGAAUCCAGCGUUCUAUGUUCAUUUCUCAGCUACGACGAACAUCAGUGGCAAGGGCGAUAUCUGAAGGAUGGUCAAACAAUCCCCACGAUCAUCACAGUUUGGAGAAGCCUUCACCAAGCAGUGAAUGGACUAAGUAAUGUAAAAUAUUAUUACGUUUCUCGUCAAUAUUAAAGUUUGUGGAAAUUGAGCGGAAAGAAUGUAAGAAAAGAUGUUGUGAUGCCGUCCCUUUUGUGCUCAUUAAUAUAACAUGCCAAGCUCUCCAUUCUUCAAGAGCCUUUUACCUGGGCAAUUAGGCAAUUCCUGACUUUUAUUGAUUUAAAUAUCUAAACCAUGACCAUCUGUUGAAGGGGACGUUUAGUGUUAUUGAAUACAUGUUUUAAAAGAGAUGGCAAACCAUUGUAUAAGUGUUUAUUGUCUGUUCUGUGUUUAAGGCACAAUAUGUAGCUUUGCUUUAAAUUACAGUUUUUUUUAUAAUUUUAAAUUUUACUAGCAUGCACACUUAAGAGCUCAUCGUAUAUAAUUAAAAUCUGAUUCCACUUUAACCAAUGCUAAAGGUUUCAAUCAGUAACCAGCGACCCAACUUGUAGGUCACUCCGAAUCUGUAAGUAAGCGUUAAUUUUGCCUGCCAAAUGUUUUCAAAUUAAAACAAAUUAGUGCAGCAAAAUAAAAAAAUAGAAAAAACUCAAUAUUGCGUGGGAGAUGUUAGUCCAUUAUCAUUUGCAGUUAAGACUGCCAUAUCUUGCUGCACUUGAAAACAUUGUUUGCAUUGGAUGUCUGUCUGACCUUUGAACUCAGAAUCUCUUGAGAUUAUAAAGGUGCUGUACCCAGAGGAAGGCGCGGACUUCCUUGGCCACUUUGUAAAACUCUGUAAUUAGACUUUGAAACAGCACAAUAUUCAUUUUUGUUAGGAAUGUUUAAUGAAGUGACUUACACCAAUAGAGUCAUUAUUAUACAUCACUUUCUCCUGUAAUUUUUGGCUUGCGGAUUAAGUGUUCCACCUAGCCUGGCACUCGGCGCUGCGGUGACAUCACUGUCACUUGCAGAUGAAGAAAAUAUAAAAAUUUGUCGAAAAAAAGUUGCAUAAGGUAGCGUAAUAACAACUCAGUGUUCAUAGGAACACCAUGCGAAACGGAAAAAUAAAUAAACGGAAUUUUUCGUUACAUUUUCUACGAUACAAGUUUCAAUCUUACUUUAAAAAAAAGUAACAGAGGGAGGCGCCUCCCUCUGUGACCGUGGCAAGCUCGCUAAACAGUUCAGGGGCUCUGUCGGCAAAUGCUCUGCCACCUAUAUCGACAUUAUUGCACGGUUCAUACAUUUUAGUGCGUGAACUACAGUGGCAGAGCGCGUGCAUGGUGGCGAUACACUCGCGUGAUACGAUGAUUGUGUCUGUGCACACGCGUAGUAGUAGUAGUAAUUUCAUGAAAAGCGUCGGGGGUUAUAGUUGCGGAUGAUGUUCCCCAACACCCAAGUCGCCAGGCGGUAACCAUGGAAGCGUAGGAACACAACGGCGUCGUCUUUGUGAACGCGGCCUCUGCACCACGGCGAACCACCCCGGGCUGGGCUGAUGUCACAAGAGGAGAAAAAAAGAAGCUCGUCUAUAGAAGGAAAAAAAAAGCACAAACACGAGCCAACGUCACGUACGAGUUGGCGCACAACAAGGCUACAUGAGUUAUCCGAGUUUUCACAGGGGUUAUGUUCACUAAAUGCAAGCAAAAUUCCCGUUUGAGUUGAUUUGUUACACGGAUGAUGCCGUUUUUGACGUUUGCCUGGAUAAUUUGCAAGGGAGAUCCGUGGUGCCAUGAGCACAGUAAUGUCAACAAGACAAAUACAAACAACAUCGAUAUUGCAGAGGACGGGUGCAGGGCCCUUAAGGAAUAUUGCACAAUUAGCAAACUAUGUAUUGAACCUAUUUAAGCGUCACAUUCAUUGAAGCAUAGCCCAAAACGGCCAUUGAGUGCCUUACAUUAAUCCUUUGUUAUAAUGGAAAUCUAGUCGAAGCAGAAUUGUUGAAGUCAGAUUCCAAGUAUUUCACGUGAAAUCUUGCCUUCUUAACACUGUCGGCGGUUACGUGCUAAAUGCGAGCGUAAGCAAAUGUUAAGGGUCUUUAGGAUGAGAUUGAUGGAUGUGAAGAAGGGCUUUGUCUGCUGCGUUUCCCUGCACAACCAUGUGUGCCAAGGCCCCACUCGGAGUGAGAGGGGAGGGGGGCCAGGGAAUUGUGAGAGAAUGGGCGCAUGACCAGAACCCAUCUUGGGCAUUUCAACCACACCCACCUCAAGGCAUUUCUCGUGUGGGCAGGUGCUUAAUUAGUGGCUGCCCUUCCAUGGGGAAUAGAAUUUUGAUUGAUUGGUUUUGGCUCCUGCUGAGGCUGGUCACUGUAAGAUGGCUACAGGCAGAAGCCCCUAAAAGCCUCUCUUUUCCUCAACGUUCUUGUCACCAGCACUCAGGGUUUUUGGUGACAUGAUAAUGGGUGCCUGGUGGCUCAAAUGGUGAUUGAUGGUGAUUCUCAUUGCACAGUAUCUUUAUGCUGAUACCGUUUGAGUUUUAUAUUCCAAAAUACAAAUGAGUAUCGUGAAGGACAAACUCAUUUUUUUUGGUAAGACAGACUUGUGAAAACGUGUCAGCGUUUUAAGAGUUUUUUUCGUGGUGUUCAGUUUGUAGUACUCCUGAACCUCUGAUUAGAGCGGUUGGCUCCGUACGUGCCAAAGAAGUUGAACAUACAUACAAUAGCUUUCAUAAAGUACAAAUUUUCACAUGUUUUAGCAUGGGUUUUUUGUAAGCAAUUUAUUGUACGCUUAAGUAAUAUAGAAUGCCAUUUCCAACACGUCACAUUCGUGCACAACUCACUGCAAUUUGCGACCCAAUUUUGCUGAAGUGUCUCACUACAAAAUUAUAAUUCAUGGCAAAAUUACCCAAUUUGGGAUUGCAUCUGCCAUAAUUCAUUAACGUACCAUCCUCAAACAAAAUUCAAAUAUAAUACCUUGGAUUGAAUUGUACACAAAUAUUUUGGGGUAAAUACUUUGCCGUGAAAUCAGUACCAAAAUUAUUCCUGCGCAAACAUACUAAUUUGAGUAAUCUCUGAGUACCAAACCCAUGGCCAAAGCAGCAAGUGGUUUCUCUGAGAAAUGUCUUAUGAGGAGCUGACGGGGCCUCAUCAUAAAACGGGCCUGCAGGCACGCGUGUGCUCCGUGCUUCUCGACCGAACUUUAUAUUUGAAAAAAAAAACCCCGCAUAUUCACGUGACCGUUAACCAGCCAAGAAAGAUGAAAAACAAAGUUCGGUCGAGAACCACGGAGCACACUUUAUUGCACCGCUUUGUCCGACAGUGUCCCGUGAAUUUGUGUUUGUUUUCAAGGCCCCGUGGGAGGCGGUGGCAGGGUAACUGGCGAACUUAAAAAGCAAAGAGCAAUUGCCUUGCAUUGUCACACACACAGGCACCCGGCUCUGCACGCCAAGGCGAGAGGGGGGGGGGGUCAGACAGCAUCUGCAAUCAGACACUCUCGCUUAGCCAUCUCCAUGGCAGCGAAGCUCAUGGUUUCCCCAAACAAAAGGGGAGAGUCGGGUGUUCCGUUUACUGUACAGGUAGCAUGUAGCGGAGCGAGAGAGAGCACACCUGAGAGAGGAGACAGCUUCGGGCUGCUUGAGACCCGUGCGUGACCUUGGGUUUGCCGUUUCACUGCCUGUUCUGAGUCAUCCGGUUACAACUUUGGCAGUGAGGUGAGGAGAAGCACUUUCUGGAACUAAAAGUGAGGCCAUAUGAAGCUCGCCGGCCAAGACAUAGGACUCGGUACCGACGUUCCCAGUCGGAGACGGCGUUACUGGAGGAUGUCCAACAGAUAAGAAUCCACUGAUAAAAGCUAUGAAUAUAGACCACGGGAUUUUCCACGUCCCCAACAUUCAACUCAAGGACCAGCUGGAAGAGUGCAUACAGCUUGACGAACAAGUAUGUCCCGCAACGAGCGCGGGCAGGGAGGGAAGGCCCGCCACUCUUGCGGAUUCACUGCUGGAACCGUUGCCCUUGGUGGCGCUAGACGUGCAUGCCUGGCCCACAGACCGCAUGCGCGAGAUGAUCAAGGAGAAACUCAGGCAGAACAGCAACAAAGUCGCCAUGGCCGCCAGUCCCAUUCGCCCACAAAACCCAGCCGUAUCGGUCACUCACCCCAGUUGUGGGAAGACGGUGCUUUGUUUGGAAGACACUGACGCUGACCAUCGUGGUGAUUCAGCGGGAAAAUUGGCUGGAAAACAACGACUGAACCCCGAGGGAGGAAAGCCAUCUCAUGGCCCCUGCUCCUCCACAUCCACCUCUAACUACUUGAGCUGCACGCCGGCCGAGAUCAAGAGGCAGGCCCUGCGGCGGUUCCACAUCCGGAGACAGAAGAGCAGCCCCGAUCUUACGCGUUUGGGCCGUGACAACGCAGCAGCUAAUGUAGUCGACACUGAACCACGAGAAACACUCUUGGCUUGCCCUUCUGCAGAAGUCUUAACAUGUUGGCACAGUGAGCCCGUGUCUCCCCGGCAGCGAUAUCCAAGAGGCCGGUUGUACAUUCCAACAUUUGAAGAGUUUAAGAGGAUGAGGCGUCAACAGGAAAGUGCCCUUAAGAUGGUGACAGUAGUUCAGCCUGAGGGCCUGAAUGACGAGGUUUCUGAUUACGAAACUGACGUGGGGAAAACCAGUGGACAUUCUCGCGACGAAAGCACAGGUGGUGGGAGAAGCAUUGAAGGGCACAUUGAUUCUAAUCAAAAGCACUUUGGACUCACGGCACCGUUAAAUUACACAGAAUUAGCACAAUGCCGGACACAAAAGGGUGAUGGUGUGUUGGACGUUAUGACCACAGAGUCUGACUGUGGCAGAGUUUGGGCCAAAGGGAAGGAAACUGUGACCGUAUGGGAAGACACUCAGAAAGAUCAACAUGUUUCCAUUGACCACGAUCGCCGUGGAUUUGCUACUAACCCCAGGGGAUCAUUGUUGCAUGGGCCCACGUAUGGACACGGUGCCAUAUCUAUACCUGUCACGCAGCAGGUGACCCCACUGGCAGGCAGGACAGGAAGGCGACCGGGGCAUCGUCCUGAGCAGCAGGGCCACGGAGAGCCACCUGCAGGGCUCGGGAUGAUGGAGGGGCAGGUGACCAAAGUCCUGAGGGACGGGCGGAGAGUAGGCGCCACGGAAGGGAUUCUGGGAAGCACCGGGAAUGGUAAAGAAGGGCCCUCGGGAGCGGCGAGUGUGGGCGAGGGUCGGGUGGAAGGCGCGGAUGGCGAGCGGCGGAGUUCGGUGGCGAGCUGCUGCCUGCUGGGACCCAGCCCUGGGCUCACUGACUACACGACCUGCCUGCAGCGCAUGAAGACUGACAUCCUCGGCUCGGCCAUCCACCUCCUUCGGAAGAGCUGUGCAGGUGAGAAUGAACCCGAGUGCCCGGAGUUAGCUUCUGGCGAAGACGCAGGGAUGGCAGCAGCGGACAUUGGAGCACCUCGGGCAGAAGGAAUGCUUCAGGAGCUGGAGGGACCAUUGGAGAGGCAGGAGUUCCCUAACGCAGAUGAAGAUCACUCCCUCUUGGGACAGAACAAAGAGGGAGAGGAGGAGCUGGUGGCAAGGGCUCCGUGCCGGCUGGGAGCAUACGGAGCCGAAGAGUGGUGCCCAGCCUCAACGCUGCAACGCUCGAGCACAGAUGACGCAGAGGAGGCCCUCAGCCCCGGCAUACCGGGCUCAUCGCCGUGGGUGGACGGUGGCUCAAGGGGGGCCCCCACGCCGCCCCCUCGCAGGCUGCGUUCUCGGCCCAGUGACCCCACCCCCGUCGAUCGAAACGGCAGGAAGCAAGAGGGCCGCACUCGUGAGCGGAGGCACACGCACUCCGGCCACUCCCCCGGGACCGGUGGAGGCGAGGCCUUGUGGAGCCCCCUGCGGCAGCGAAGUUCUGGCAACGGUGGAAGCAGCCGCGUGGCCGAUGGCGGCGAUGAUGGCGGCGAAGGAGCGGAAGGCGGCGGCGGCGGCGGCAUGGAAAGGGCGGCGUCACCUCGCAGCAACAGGCAGAGUCGGGCGAGCAACGCCAGCGUCGACAGCGGGGUGGUCGGGCUGCAUGACGACAUCGAACGGUCGGAGGUAGCGGGGGCGGCGGCGGCGGCGGCGGCGGCGGCACCGUCGUCGUCGGCAACCGCGACGAGAAGCGCGGAGGUGGAGCGUGCGGACAGCGGCCUCGGCUCCGAGGUGGGGCAGCACCUGACCGGCAAAUACCGCGCGCGGACCUCGCCGCCCGCGGUGCCUCGUGGCAGGCACGCCGCCCGUGCGCCAGACGCGAGCUCCGACCGGGCGUGGGCUCAGGCCCUCGCCGAGCCGGAUCACGACAAUGGCGAGGCCGAGGGGAGGGACGACCCGGCUUCCGGCUGGUCCAAGGUCUGGGUCGCGGACGCGCAGCUCAACGGGGAGAAGGCGGCGGAGGAGCAAGAGUCGGGCGCCUGCGUGGACUGCGGGCGCGAGCUGGCGGACGACGGGAAGCCGGGGGCGGCCGCGGCACGCGCGACGGCGACGAUGCGCCGCGGAGAAGAGGGAGGAGGGAGCGCGGCGCCGCGAGGAGUCCCCGUGUGCGAGCGGUGCAGGAAGUGGCGGCGGGAGAGGAAGGAGGCGGUGAUGGAGUUCGUGAAGACGGAGCUGAGCUACGGCGAGGACCUGCGCGUGAUCCGUGACGAGUUUUACCGGCCCAUGCAGGCGGCCGGGCUGCUCACGUCGGAGCAGCUGCACACCGUGUUCGGAAACCUGGCGCAGCUCGUGGAGGCCAACGGCAGGUUCACGACAAGGCUGCAGCAAGCCAUCGGCCGCGCGCACAGCCAGGGGGAUGCGGAUUAUGUGAGCGUGCACGUGGGAGAGAUCUUCCUGGAGUCGCUGGCCAUGCUACCGGCGUUCCGCACAUAUUGCCUGAGGCAGACGGAAGCCCUGCAGACACUCGCCAAUCUGGAGAGGGAGAAAGAGCUGCUCCGGAUAUUCCUGGACGUCUCCCAGAAGGAGAACCCGGCGCUGCGCCGCAUGCACCUACGCUCCUUCCUCAUGGCACCCCUGCAGCGCAUCACCAAGUACCCGCUGCUCUUCACCCGGCUCGCAGGCACCACGGCUACCGCGCACGGUCACCGCGGCAACAGCGACCGAGACAACGACGAAAACGACGACAUCGACGACAUCGACAGCAACGGCAACGGCGGCGGCGCCGGCGGCGGCGUUAGCGCGGUGACCCCCGGCGGCGAGCAGGAUCCCGGCGGUCGGGGCGCACGCGACCGCGGGGACCGGGCGGCGCUCGUGUGCGCCAAGCGGCUGGUGCAGUCCCACCUGGAGCACAUGGACCGCCUGACGCGCUUCGCGGAGGGCCACGGCGGCGCCGCGGGCCCCGCCUGGAGGCCCUUCCGCAGGGACAGCGGCAGGCGGCAAAAGAGCCCCCGCGACCUGGAGACGCUGGAGCUGCGGGAGAUCGCGAUCAGCAGCACCCGCUGGGACUGGGGGCGCACCAGACAGGUUCGUCCUGGAAGGCCGUGUGCAGGUGGCCCAGCCGUGCGACGCGCAGUGGGCGCGCCGGGGCCACCGCUCGCUGCGUUUCCAGCGAGUGCACGCCCUGCUGCUGGUGCUCGUGUCGCGGGGAGACGGCAGCGACGGGUGGGCCGACGCGCUCGCCGCCACCUGCCCGUCGGGCCGCUCCCCGGACCCCAACGAGUGCUCACCGGCCAAGGCCCCCUGGCACAAGGCGGCGACGCCGUCCAUCCUGCGCACGUCGUCUCUCCGCGAGAGCACGGUCCGCGCCGACGGCGCCGAGAGGGCGCAAGCGAUACCCACGAGCGCGUCGGACUGCGCGCUCGCCUCGCUGUGCGGCGGCGGCGGUGCGGCCGACGCCUCCUCCCGGGGGCCGGGGGCCGCCGGCGCUCGCGAGGGCGCCGCCCUGCGCUCGCCCGGCGGGGCCGCGGGGCCGCACGCGGUGCGCGGGGCCUCCCUGGUGCUGGUGAGGGAGCGCGGCGGGGGCAAGCUGAGCCUGCUGCGGGAGCCCCUCAGCCUGGCGCGGUGCGUGGUCUCGCUCGACCCCGACGGAGGGCUCGGGGCCGCCGGAGGCUCGGCGAGGGGCGCCGCGGGGCUCCCGGAGGCCAAGGCGGGGGGGGACGGCGCCGAGGUGGCGCUCAUCGAGCUGCAGGACAUGGCGAGCCGCGACAUGCUGCUGCUGCUGGUGAGCGAGGGCGCCGAGCGCUGGUUCUCGGCGCUCCGGCUGCACAGCCAGGCGCUCGGCGCGUGGAGGCUCCGCCGCAACGCUCUGCCCAACGUCAUGAUCGGGACCAACCACGCGUGUGCCUAGGCGGGGUGGCGGGGAGGACCGCUUCCGUUUGGCGCGUGGCGUUUGACGAAUUUCGCAGGUGCUCAGGAUUCAGCACCGCGGCGGAAGAUUUGAUCCCCGUUGCUGUUUUAAUUGUGCCGCGGUACCUUUCGGUGUCGUUUUAGAAGUUUUGCUGUCCUGCGGUGUCGACAUCACUCGACUGUGAGAAUAUUGUCAAACCGUAAGCUUCAUCAUGCUGUUGGCAGUGGAAGGUUAUAAAUAUGGGCCUGCCCUUAGCAUGGCCGUACUCGCAAGAGUUGUCCUGUUAGCAUUGUCACUUAUGUAUGUGUGUUGAACUUCUUUCGCACCGUAUGUAGCUAACCGCGCUAAUUGGAGGUGCCUUUCAGCAACUACCGUCUUGUAGGCAACACUGCAAGUUCCCUCGUUCCCCUGUUGAUUACUAAUAACACAAAUACCUUGCCUGACUAUAUAUCUUGACAAGAUUUAUUUAAAAAAAUGCACUCAAGUCACGAAAUAGUAUUGUCAUCGCAACUACGUUACAGAAAACAGUGCAAUCAAAUUACUCUUAAGACUUUGCAGUCUCCUUAAGUUGGAUUAAAUAAUGAAUUGAUUACAUGGUGCAUCCUUAAAGGUAUUAUUAUUAGAGAAUAAUUAGAUGGCAGCUUGAGCUACGAUGUUUAUGUUGGCGGUUAUGUGAAAGUUUAAACAAACCAACAAGCUCGAGUGAUCCUCCACCUCUCAAAUGUUUAUACGAUGUGUAUCACCAACACCAUGGCUAACUUAAAGAGGCUUAGAGGGAGGAAACUCAUGAUACAAAUCUCAAAUGUUGCCGAAUUCUAAUGAUGCGGCAUAUCUUUGUGGACAGCCUGUAUUUUAUGCCUGGAAUGUGCAAGUUUGCAUGGACUCUAAAAAGGUGGCUGCAUUAUUUCACAGGUCAGCGUUCUCGUUAUGAUGCAGAGUGGCACAGUGUGCUGACGCAGGUCACAUGGAACACGAUGUGACUGGCAGCUUUUGAAACGCACAGGGGUAGUUGCAACACAUUGCAUUUACCAGCUCAAAAGUUCACGCUUUACCAAGAUACAAGCCCUAAAGCCUGGAAACACUGGGGCGCAUGCAUUGUGAGGACUCCUUUCCACUCUCAUGCGGUUGCAUUGUGCGGGGUUGUGUGACAAUGUAAUUUCCGAAAGCAGAUGUUUUUGUUCAGUCACUGCAUUGCCUUUAAUUGCACAAUUGCCCUCGCAGCCCACUGCAAUCUUUCUUCUGAAACCACGGGCCCUGCAUAUAAUGUCCACUGCCAAGGCUAAUCCACUGUUCCAAGGGGGAAUCCAGCUUCUCGCUGCCGACAGCGACACCGUUAGUGUGUCGCCUGUUUUCAAGGCACUUAAGUGAAACCCGUCCGUGCCAGGCACACCUAUUUAGUCUCACUCGCAGUGGUUUCAUGCGUAAUCUUGGUAAUGGCAUUGACACUUUAAUGGACCAUGGAUAAGACUGUGGUUUGUAUAACUGUGCAGUUGUACUUUGUGCAAUGCAGCUUAUAAAGACUGCCUCAAGCUCUGCUUGGAAUCAUAGUAAAAAGAAACCGACUGUUCUCCCGAUGGCGCAGCUACAAUAGAUAGUUGAAAUACGUGUUACUUGGUCUACGUUGACUUACAAUAUCACAUUUUAUUUAUAACACGAGUUCGUGUCGUCCCGUUUUGAAUGUUCCUGUUUAACAAGCCUCUCUCUCUCUCUCCCCUGACCCAGAACCCCAUGCAUGUGCGCUGCCCACCGAUUGUUGCAAAGAGAUUUGAUUUUGCUUGUGGCAGUACCCGACAGGGUGAAAUCUCACUCGCGCUGCACGUGUACACGCCGCCGCCGUUCUGACAGUAUUAACAUUGUUCCUUUGGAGUGUGACAUCGUGUAUUUAAUGUACGGCAUUAAACCAUUUGCAGGGUCAACGAA